AUGAUUGGAGCUCUUAAAAGUUGUGGUCGUCGUUCAGCGAGAUUGUACUCGAACCAACCGCUUUACCUUAACCCACAUCAAUGGAAGGGAUUACCAUCAGACAAGAUCUUUGAGUUACACAACCAAAGAAAGGAAGCCCUUGGUCAAUACUACAAUCCAACCAAUGAGGAGAGAGAGUUGAUCUUAUCGUCAUUACCUGACUUGAUGAGUAGAAAGGGUGAUAAGUUGGAUUAUGUUUUUGAGUUGGAUAACUUUAAGGAAAGAUAUAUGAACAAUACUCCAGUUGCCCAAAGAGGAUUACCUCCUAAGUUAAGUAACGUUGAAGUUGUAGCCAGAGGUGACACUCCACAUCAAAAGAGAAAGAAUGAACAGAUCACCAGAAUAAGCGCUUAUGAGUUACCACUUUUGGCCAACUUCCGUCAAGCUUAUCAACCUCCUUCCAAAGUGAAUAGCGUUCUUAAAUUCAAGUACUUUACUGAUUUCAGUGAAGAGUCUACACCCAAGAACAGAACCGUGGUGUUGACAGUGAACAUUAAGGAUUUGGACUUGACUACAGCUCAAGAAAAGAAGUUCAAGUUACUUUCAGGUAAUAAAUUUGAUCACAACACCAAUGUGUUUAAGUUCACUUCUAAACUGUUACCUGAAGCUACUCAGAAUGCUCGUCGUGCAGCUGAAGUGUUCAAUGCCUUAUUGACGGAAACAAAGAACCUGGACGACGAUUUUGCUGACAUUCCUCUUGAUACAAGACACUCGAAACCUCAUACGCCUAAACCCGUGUUCCCUAAGGAAUGGGCCAGACCUCAAGAUGCACCUGUGGCGAAGUUUAACAUUGUCAACACUAUUAUAGAAGAUGUUAAGACCAAGAAGGACUCUCAAUAUGUCAAGUCAUUGUCUCCAUGA